UCGAAUGAAUAUUUAUGUGAUUGAAUCAUUAAAUAAUUAGUGAAAUUAUUCCUAAUAUUUAAUGCAAUUCAUCAUUUAUGGUUCGAUUAUUGCAUGAUUAUUAUUCAUUAUCGCGACGCUUCCGUAGAGAUGAUGGACUGAAAGUUGGUGGCCAUUUUCUUCAAACUCCAAACCGAUUUUUUUUUUAUUCGGUUGAUCAUUCAUCAAAUUUGGCGUUUCAGAUUGUGAUUCUGCAAAAUAAUUUGAUUUUGCAGCUCGAAUGGAUGAAGGGAAAGUUCACCCGAUUGCGAGUAAUUCAGGGGACAAAUUGGGGGCAAAUGCGGUGCUGGCUAAUGUAAUUCGCGAUGGCGAUGGAUCGUCUAGGGUUAUAUUGUCGGAGCCCACUGGUUGCACGGCUGAGGUACUUUUGCACGGCGGGCAGAUCGUAUCUUGGAAGAAUGAAAGAAGAGAAGAGUUACUAUUUAUGACCAACAAGCAGGCUCUUUGGAAGGCUGGUAAAGUCAUCAGGGGUGGGAUGUCCAUUUGCUUCCCGCAGUCUACCAAUCUUGGGUCCCCGGAGCAACCUGGAUUUGUAAGGAAUAGACUGUGGUCGUUAGAUAGCUCUCCUUCGCCAUUGCCCCCUGCCAAUAGUCACUCGACAGUGGAUCUUCUGCUUAAAUCCACAGACGAUGAUCUGAAGACUUGGCCACAUAGAUUUGAGUUACGUCUACGGAUCUCUGUGACUGCUGGCAAGCUCACCGUGAUCCCUCGUGUGCGGAACAUUGAUAGCAAGCCAUUCUCCUUUACAUUUGCUUUAUGCAGUUAUUUAUCUGUCUCUGAUAUCAGUGAAGUGCGUGUUGAGGGCUUGGAGACUCUUGACUAUUUUGAUAAUUUGUUACAAAGGGAAAGGUAUACUGAGCAGGCUGAUGCAAUAACUUUUGAUGGUGAGGUUGAACGGGUCUAUUUAAGCACCCCGCCAAAGAUAGCUGUAAUAGACCAUGAGAAGAAGAGAACCUAUGUACUUCGCAAAGAUGGCAUGCCUGACGCAGUUCUAUGGAAUCCUUGGGACAAGAAAGCAAAGGCUAUGCCAGAUUUUGGUGACGAGGAUUACAAGAUAAUGUUAUGUAUUGAUUCUGCUUCUGUUGAAACCCCAAUAGUCUUGAAACCCUGCGAAGAGUGGAAGGGCCGUCAAGAGCUAACGGCUGUCUCUUCAAGUUAUUGCAGUGGACAGUUAGAUCCUCGAAAAGUUCUUCAGGGGUACAAGUAUUGAAUUUGUAGCGCACAUCGGGUUCUGGCAUCACUUAUCAUUUUCCAUUGUGUAUAUAUGCUCUCUCUCUCGUAUUCAAACAACCAUUUAUGGCUGAACAUCUUAGUGACAUAAGCAAUAUGUAUGCUGGUACAUGAGCAGCUUCUUCUGUUUGUUGAAGUACUUAUCCAGCUGCAUUUUGUUUGAUGAGCUUCUUCAUCUAUCCUCUGUUAUUGAGGUUUAAUGUUUUACCUUGAUUUAGGAAUGUACGUCGUCCUGUCUUUACGCUUCUUUGCUGUAAUAUUAUUUGGGCAAUUUGAUGCGAGUAUCCUAUCAAAUGUAACAACCUUAGAAAGAUGUAGCAGAUACAUUUACAUAGAUUAGAAGAUCCCAUUUUUA